AUGACUAGUGGUACAUCAGAAAAGUCAUUAAAACAAGAGAGUAUAAAUGUUGAAAAUUAUGAAACUAAAACUGACAUUGAUAUUAAUUAUGAAAUUAAAUAUUGGACAAAAAUACAGAAUCACAAUGUAAACAAAAUGAAAAGAAGUGAGAAUAGUACACAUGUAACUGGAAAAAAUUCUUGUAUUGAAACUGAUUUUAAACGAGAAAUGAAACGUUAUUAUAUCGGUUUGAAACAAAAUCUUGAUAAAAUUGAUAGAAUACAAGAAGAGACUGCAAUUAAAAUGAAUCGUUUAUACAAAGAAUCAAGAAAAUUAGCCAGACGAAGUCGAAAUGAAAAGAAGCAAAGUUUGAAGUUUUAUCGAAAACAUUCUAGUAAAUUUAAAAAUAAACUUAACUCAAUAAGAGGAACAGAAGAGGAAGAAAAUGAAGAACCACCACCACCACCACCUCAACAACAACAACAGGACCUAGAACAAACACUGAGGGAUGAAGUAUUACAUAAUCUAAAUAAUGAAACGAUUACAUUAGAAACAAAACUAACAAACCAGUCAUCAGUAUUAUCCCCUUUUCUGCCAGUUAUUUAUCCAAACGAAGUUGUAUCAUUAACAUCUAAACGGAAUACUUCAGAAAGUAUUUUAAAUGAGUCGGAAUUUAAUCAAGGCCAUAUCAAUACUGAAUUGAUUAAACCAAAUAUUUCAUCAUGGCUUGAAACAAUAAAUGAAGGGAAAGACAAUCCUAAUGAUCAAGAAUCACUGAAACCUUCAAAGCUCGACACUGCACGCUCUAUACAACAUCCUUUACAAAAGAAAUAUUCAGUUUGUGAAAAUAAUCAGACUCGUCAAAGUCUCGCUUAUUCAAUUAUCAGACAUAGAGAAAACCAGAUGCGUAAUCUAAAAGCAGCAUUAAGUGAAGCACCAAUAGCGUACAUUUGGAAAGAUAAUUUAAAUAAGAGCACAACAAGAUUGAAAACAAAAUUCAUUUGUUCAAAAUAUAAAGAUAUCAAUUUACAAGCAAAACGUUGUAUUCCUGGUUCUAUUGGCGGUUUGUCAAAUUAUUUCCUAGAAAUUAUCGCUUUACCUAAACCUGCAUUGAUUCGUUUCCCUCCGCCGAGUAGUAUGCAUCAAUAUAUGCAUAAAAAAAUAUUAGCUAAAGAGAAACAGCAAAUGCAACAAAAUUUGGAUAGAUUAAGUCAUUUAACUGAAGAAAUGAAAAGAGUUUCAGAAGGUCAAAAAUUGAUGGCUGCAUUGAAAUUCUUACUGGCUUCUACAAGCAAUGAGAAAAAUGAAAAUAUUAAAUCUGAAGGAAUAAGAAAUUAA